AUGGAAAACAACAUUCCUUGGCCAAAUCUUUCUGAUGUUCCUAGCCGGGAGGAAGUCUACGAGAGAUCCUUUCCUACGGCGACUUUCGAAAAGAUGUCUAAGAAAAUGCUCCAAGAAGAGAGACUGAAAACGGAUUUGAAGGAAGCAAUUGUGAAAGGACUUGGAUUCCAAUCCGAGGAAGUGAUGAUCCGAUACGAUUGA